AUGGCUGCCGAGAGAAUGGAGGUCGAUCCCGAGACCAAGCUCAAGAGCAUGGAGCACUCUGAGCAGCACUACUUCAAGAGUUACGACCACCAUGGCAUUCACGAGGAGAUGCUGAAAGACGAGGUUCGCACCCGCUCUUACAUGAACGCUAUUGUUCAGAACAAGCACCUUUUCAAGGACAAGGUCGUCCUUGAUGUUGGCUGCGGCACUGCCAUUCUGUCCAUGUUCGCCGCCAAGGCCGGCGCCAAGCACGUCAUUGGUGUUGACAUGUCGACCAUCAUCCACAAGGCCCGCGAGAUCGUUGAGGUCAACGGCCUCUCUGACAAGAUUACCCUCAUCCAGGGCAAGAUGGAGGAGGUCCAGCUCCCCUUCCCCAAGGUCGACAUAAUCAUCUCCGAGUGGAUGGGUUACUUCCUGCUGUACGAGAGCAUGCUCGACACGGUCCUCUACGCUCGUGACACCUACCUGAACAAGGACGGCCUCAUCUUCCCCGACAAGGCCACCAUUUUCGCCGCCGGCAUCGAGGACGGCGAGUACAAGGACGAGAAGAUUGGCUUCUGGGACAACGUGUACGGCUUCAACUACUCCCCCCUCAAGGCCACGGCGCUGUCCGAGCCCCUGGUCGACACGGUCGAGGUCAAGGCCGUCGUGACGGAACCCGUGCCCAUCCUGACACUGGAUCUCUACAAGUGCCAGGUCUCCGACCUCGCCUUCAACACGACCUUCAAGCUGCCCGUGCGCCGCGACGACUUUGUGCACGCCGUCGUCGCCUGGUUCGACAUUGACUUCACCGCCGCCCACAAGCCCAUCCGCUUCUCCACGGGACCCCACACAAAGUACACCCACUGGAAGCAGACUGUCUUCUACCUCAAGGAAAUGCUCACCGUCCAGCACGGCGAGGAGAUUGACAUGACCAUUGACGUCAAGCCCAACGAGAAGAACCGCCGCGACCUCGACAUCACCAUCGACUACAAGCUCCAGACCUCGGACGCCACCCGCACCGCCCAGGGCGCCGCCGCCUACAAGAUGUGCUAG